AUGUUCAGCUCCAUUUCUCUCCGGCGAAUCGAACUGGCCGGCAAUCCGCUGCUCCACUUCAGCGAGUCGACCUCCGCCGCCUGCUCCCUCGAUUCUCCUCUACUCCAACCGAUCUCAUUUGUUAAAUUAGGGUUUCAAAAUCAGAAAUCCUUGGGAGGAGAACUUCCUGCAGUUUUGAGGGCUGUUGUGGAAAUUGGGUGUCAACUUAGGGAUAAUCCAACUAAACAGGUAAUAUCUGUCAAUCCAACAAAUAACACUGCCUUUCGUUGCCAAUUGCAACAUUAUGUAGAUCCUAAUUCAGGUAGUUAUGUAAAUCUGGAUGUCAUGGUUCCUGAAAAUCUUGUCGGCGGUUUGAUUGGAAGGUCUGGCGCCAACAUAUCAAGGAUCAGAAACGAGUCUGGAGCAAAUAUUAAGGUUUAUGGUGCGAGAGGUGAACAAACACAAAGGCAGAUCCAUUUAGGUGGUAAUGCUCAAUAG